AUGGCGGAGCGUGAAGAUAUUGACAUUUCAGCUACUAACCACUCAAAUGGCCUUGUGGCACAACAAGCUUCAGUCUUCGAUACCGAGGUGAAGAUCGAGCCUGGUAUCAAUUCGGUUCGUCCUGACAAUCUGGAGUCGACUGAACCGGCCCAUACUGCAGCCCCAAUCGCAAGUCACUAUUCGCCUAUCAUCCCCUCGCGCAAAACUACGGUGAAUUCGCAAGGCAGGAAACGUAAAGUUCCUUCCAUGGACUCAGAUAGUGCGGUCAGUGGAAGCGAAGAUGAGAGCGACAACGACAGCGAUUAUGAUGACGGGGAUGAAGCCAUCACUUACAACCCAGAAAGCCAAGAACUACCCAGAAUUCCCACACUGCACCCGGCAUUCAAAUUAGCGGAGCAGUUGGCAGUGGAUAUCGUGGCUCCCUUCAAGGAAUUAAUCCAAAGCAGUGGCUGUGAAGACGAUGAGACGAGACUACUUAUGAGGGAAAUCAGUGCCUGCGAGGAUGUGAGGUAUGGUGAAGCUGUCAAGAUAGGCAUUGUCGGAGACAGUGGAAAAUCCUCUCUCAUAAACUCACUGCUAGGCUGCGUCAGCUUGACACCACAGGCCGAUGACGGAGAAGCUUGCACAUACGUGGUACAAGAAUUUGUCCCAGUCCCACCAAAGCAAAAGGCUCCAUUCGCUGCAGAAAUCUACUGGAAAGGAAGGAAGAUGCGGGAAUCUGACCUGAAAAGCCAUAUUGAUAGCUAUUAUCAGUUUUACAGGUGCAAAAAGGAAGCCAUCGACGACGAGCGAGGUGAAUCUGAAGAGGUUGAAGCUCGUACAGCAAAAGAAGUGUUCCUUGCCCUUUUCCAGGACAAGGAUGAAUUCGCUGAUGAGGAGUCGAUGAAAGACUACCUGAGUACAGUAGACCCAACAGAUUAUGGCCAAGUUCUAUCUCAGAUGAUCAAGUGGACGGAUCAAGUCAUCGCGAAAUUGGGUUGUGAUGGAGAGCCUUUGAUAAUCGAGGCAUCGAAUCUGGAUGCGUUGUCAGAAAAUAUCUUACCUUACACGAAGACAGUCACAGACUAUCUUGUGGGAAGUCAACUCAAAUGCUCACCAUGGUCAAUGGUCCGACUUGUCAAGAUAGGCGUACGAUCUCCACUCCUAGCAGCUGGAGUCACAAUUGCCGACCUUCCAGGUAUUUCCGAUAUAAAUCGGACCCGUGUUAAGACCACACAAGCUUACCUGAAAAGCUGUGACUACUUGAUUAUAGUUGCCGAUAUCAAGAGAGCCGAGACCGACACGGCCACCCACUCCAACCUUAUUGACGCUCAUAGGAGGAGACGUGGAAAAAGUGUUAUCAUGGUGUGCACUCGCUCCGAUGACAUAGGAGCAAAGCAAAAUAUCCCAAUGUCUCCACAAGAGGAGGAGCAAGCAGAAUAUCUAAAGCGUCAGGAGAUGUCAACCACGGCUAAGUUGAAAGAGAUUGGUAAGAACAUACGCGCUAGUCGUGGAGAUCGAGACUUGGUGAAUUCGCUCUCCAGGAAAAGGGAGAAGCUGACAGUAAAGAGCAAGAUGUACAAAGCUCGACAAACCCAGGAACGUAUCCUCAUUCGAAACAGAAAGGUUUCUACAGGUUUAAAGAAGAAGUAUCUUGAGCUUACCAAAGAUGAAUAUCCCCUACCAGUCUUCUGUGUGAGCAACAAAUUAUACACAGCUCACUUGAUCGGUAUUCCUCGCGAUGAGCCCGCGAUUCUGACAGUGGAGAACACGAAUAUUCCAAGGAUGGUUGAGUAUAUAUACAACCUUCCAGCGACACGAAAGUUAGCUGCGCUGGAACACCAUUGCCAAGUGACCCUGUGCACGCUAUUCUGUACAGUAGAGAUGGCCUCCACGAUCACCAAAAUCCAGAGAAAGGAGCAUCUCGAAAGAUUGAUUCUUCAGUCCCAACAGGCGGCUCUUAUCGAGGUAGAUACUAUUUUUAGCGACUUCAACCAGAGAGAGGUAUGCGCUCUGGUCUCCAAGUUGACAAACUUUGAACAGCCGUGGAUAAAGCGAGCUGCGGUGAAAUGUGGCAGGUGGGAGAGUUUUGGUGCAGCUUCUCACCGCGCCUUGUGCCGAAAAUAUGGGAUUCACAAAACGAAGAAGCUGGGCCCAAAGGACCUCAACAAGGAGCUUUUGAUGGUAGUUUCGGAUGAUGCAGAGGUACCAUUCAACAGCUUGAUCAAUGCAUGCGAAGGACUACUUGCGACUCUUGACAGCACACUGGAGACAGUCCUAGAGAAGAUGCGCUGUACCAUAAACGAGGAUCAAGCGUCGACACUUACACCAGUUCAGGCUUUCUUUGGAAAUCUGAGACGACGCCAGACUGAACUUCAGGUGCGUUGCAUGUAUGCAAUCAGGGCUAUGAGGAAGUCUCUCGGCACUGUCAAGAUCGAUGCGCUUCAAGACAGCUCCGACGCAUCUUAUCUCGCAACAGCAAUGAAGAAGGUAUACGAGCGUGCCGCCGCGAUUGGCUUUAGAGAUUGCGAAAAGGGUGUUACUAUACACAGGAAACGAUGCGACGUCUUGAGCAAUGACAUAUGCCAGCCUGAUGGAAUCUUCAUGUUUGUGAAAGACCAGACUAUGGUCCAUUGUGAAGCUGUGGUCGAAACGCGGAGAGUAGCUCUCCAGAAGGAUAUUGAAACAAUCUUUGCCAGUAUCCAGCACGACUUUAGUUCAAUUUGCGCUACUGAUGUUGAGGAAUCCCCAGCCUCCAAAGAGCUUCAGAGGAAGCUUCGUGAACUGGUGCCCAAAGCAAGAGAGGAGUUCAUUUCGCCGGUCAAAGGCUAUCUUGAAGAAUGCCGCAAGGUCAAGUGA